UUGGUUCCAUUUGUAGACCUAUUAUUCUAAAGUAUAGUGCUAUGAUUGGAUGUUUUUAAGUAUGUAAUAUUUUCGAAUAGUGUUUCAAAGGUUGUAUUGGUUGUUUAUUUUGUAAGCCAGUAAGUUGAUCUAACACCCCUACGGGACAGUUCGGUAACUAUGGGGAUGGGACUGCGGCGCGGUCGCCGGGGUGGAAGGCGACGGAACAGGGUCGGCAUCGGACGACGACGACGACGUACCAGGUUUGGGCGUCGGCGGCGUGGACGAGGAGGCCUUGGUCUGCUUCUUUGCUGUUUUGGAAUGAGGGAUCCAUAUCAACAGAACCAAAGAGACAUUAUGGAAUUACAACAACACCAGAUGCAAAUGCUAGCCAUAUUUCAAGCUCAGCAAGCUCAAGGUCAAAUGGCCCAGUUCCCUCAAGGUCAAGGACAAAUGGAUUUUUCUCCUCAAGCUCAAGGUCAAAUUGGACAGUUUCCCCCACCAGGACAGACAACGUUUAUAGUUGGCGCACCUCAACCGCAACAACAGCAACACUUAUGCACACCUCAACUGUCCGGAUUCGCUCCGGGGCCCGGGAACCAGGAUGUCAUGGCUCAACAAAUGCGUGAACUACAAGAAGAUCAACAAAACUUGCUUAAUGAGAUAUUAAAGCAGCAAGCAGAAGAGAAGGAUCCCCAAAAACUCCAGGAGCUGCUACAACAGCAGAAUGAGAUUGAGCAGCAGAUGCAACAGUGUCAGGCGGCAGGGUUCCAAUACACCAGUGCAGUCCCGGUGCCCCAACAGCCCCACGGAGGCGCACCUGCAGCCGCAUCGUACUAAAUAUAGUGCUCUCCAUUAAAGUUCAACAUCGGUUUAAACAGCUGCUCAUGCUGACUGUAAUAAAAAACAAAAAACAAAACAUUCAAUUUUCAUUUUCAGAGCAAUUGUGUUUCGAAGUUCGAACACCAUUUCUGUCCAGACUGUUCGUUUCUUGUCUGUUUAUGUUCCAUUCCGUCCUGUUUUAUCUCGUUCUGUCCUGCUCCGUUACGUCCAUUUCGUGUCAAUCGGAACACCUCGGUGAUUAUCCAACAGAACUGAAGCUCGCCGGAGAUGGCCGAGUUGUUACGAUUGAUUCCUUGUAUGCAGAUCCCUCCAUAACCGUUUGCAAAUGAGAGCGGCAGGUAAUCCAGACUACAUCUGCUCUGUGGCUAAGAGGCAUUAAAUAGUGGUCGAGUUGUUCAAGCUGUUUACUGCAUUAUUUAUUUAACAUAUUUUUCUCUGAUAAAAUAUGUACAAUAAAUUACACUAAACAUAUGUGAUACAGUAUUUUGCUGUUUAUUCAAUUUCACAAUCCAUGCUCG